AUGCAUGUUCUGCUCACUGGGGGCAAUGGCUUCCUGGCUGCUCAUAUACUUGAACAACUUCUUGAACGCGGCCACACAGUAGUCACGACAGUCCGCAGCCACGAAAAAGCAAGUCGCAUUAGGGCUCGUCAUCCUACGCUCCCAAAGCGUAAGCUCGAUUUUGCCAUUGUAUCAAACAUUGCGCAGCACGAUGCCUUCGACCAAGCAGUGCAAGGGGACCCUCCCUUCGACGCAGUUAUCCACACGGCCAGCCCUAAUGUUAGAAACUGUAACAACGUGCAGAAAGAACUAUUAGAUCCAGCCAUCAUUGGAACGACAGGCAUCUUGUCUUCAAUUGCACGUUUCGCACCAUCUGUGAAGCGUGUGGUCUGUGUUUCUUCUAUCGCUGCUUUGAUCGAUGCGGCAAAGGGCAGUUGGCCGGAGCACACAUAUACAGCAACAGAUUGGAACCCAAUCACAUUGGAAGAGGCGCUCGACAACUCUAGCUGGAUCCCCGGAUAUCGUGGUAGCAAAACUUUUGCUGAGCGCGCCGCUUGGGCGUUCAUGGAUCAAGAGAAGCCUAGCUUCACGCUGACCACACUCGCGCCCCCUGGUAUAUUUGGGCCCAUGGUCAAGUAUCCAGGGUACCCAAUGGAGGCGCCAAACGCUUCAAAUGGGAUUUUUGGCAGUCUCCUUCAGGGUAAGGUGCUUCCCACUGCCCUCUAUACCUGGAUCGAUGUGAAAGAUGCUGCUCUUGCCCAUGUCAUGGCUAUAGAAAACGACGCUUUUGGUGGUGAGCGCAUCCUUCUCGCGUCUUCAGAGCAGCUGUGUAACAAGGAUAUACUGGAAAUCAUCUACGAAAAUUAUCCUGAGCUUCGCGAAAGACUUCCGGCAAGGCACACGUGGCAGAUCGCGGGGUACCCAAAGGGUGGUGCGUACAAAGUCGAUUCUGCGCGAGCGAGGGCUCUCAUUGGGCGCGAAUUUGUUCCGUUGAAGGACACCGUCAAGGAGACGGUCGAUAUGUUUAGGGAGUAUUUUCAAAUCUGA